GUUGUAAAUCAUGGAGUGAGCAUUUCAUUGUUAGAGGAAUUCAAGAGGGAAGUUGUAUAUUUUUUCAAGCUUUCUUUGGAAGACAAAAAGAAAUUAUGGCAACAGCCAGACAACCAUGAAGGUUUUGGGCAGCUCUUUGUGGUAUCAGAGGAGCAAAAGCUCGACUGGAGUGACAUGUUUUACAUUACCACUCUUCCAACAAGUCUAAGGCGGACUCAAUUAUUUGACCUUCUACCUCCAAAACUCAGGGAAACAAUGGAAGCAUACUCUGCAGAAGUGAAAAAGCUAGCCAUGAUCAUCCUAAGUCAGAUGGCUAAAGCUCUAAAGAUGGACAAUGAAGAGAUGAAAGAACUAUUCAGUGAUGGGGUACAGUCCAUGAGAAUGAAUUAUUAUCCUCCAUGCCCUGAGCCUGACAUGGCCAUCGGCUUCACUCCUCACUCCGAUGCAGUUGCUUUAACCAUUCUGUAUCAGCUCAAUGACACCCAAGGCCUCCAAAUUCGGAAAGAAGGGAAAUGGGUACCCGUUAAACCAUUGCAAGAUGCUUUUGUUGUCAACAUUGGGGACAUCAUGGAGAUUGUGAGCAAUGGUGUGUAUCGAAGCAUUGAGCACAGAGCAAUGGUGAACUCGAGAAAAGAAAGGAUGUCCAUUGCAACAUUUUACAGCACCAAUUUAGAGUCGGAGUUAGGUCCUGCGCGUAACCUUAUUGGACCAAACAAGCCUGCAGUUUUCCGACGAGUCCCCUUUGACAAGUAUUUCAAGGACUUCUUCGCCCGAAAACUCAAGGGUAAGUCGAACCUCGAUUUCAUGAAAAUUGAAACUCAUGAGGAAGAUGGCU